AUGGAGAAGAGGAGACGAGCUCGUAUCAACCUCUCCCUAGAGCAACUCAAAGCUCUGCUGGAAAAGAACUACUCCCACCAGAUCCGGAAACGCAAGCUGGAGAAGGCAGAUAUCCUGGAGCUGAGCGUAAAGUACAUGAAGAGCCUACAGCCCUCGGCCCAAGGGGUGUCGCUGACCAAGAGCGCCGACUACCAGGCCGGUUUUCGGAGCUGCCUGCAAGGAGUGCGCCAGUUUCUGCUGCGCUCCGAAGCGGCCAGCGAAGCUUCCUGCUCCUCUUCCUUCCAGCUCCUGCACCAGCUCGCCCGAGUUCUGCCCAUGGCCGCCGCCGGAGGCGUCUUCAGCACCAGGGACAGCGACCCUCAGGCGGCGCUCCCCAAAGCCCGACUGGCCGCGCUGGGCAGCCCCGGGGGGCCGACGACGACGACUCUCAGGAAAGCGAGGCCGCUGAAGGGCCGAGGGUGCGAGGCUGCCUUCCCCGCGGCGGGAGGCCGCAGCCAGGCGGGGAGCGACCGGGGCCAGAGCGGGCAGGCGCUCCCUGAGCGGAGCCAAGAGCUGUGGCGACCUUGGUAA